ACAUUGGUGUGUCUUCACAUCCACGUUACCAAAAAUGGCCGUGAAUUACUUAUUAAUCAUCUUUUGUCGCGAUUAGCAAUAUUUAUUGGCCAUAUAAUAAAUAAACUAUGUUUUAAUUUAACAAUCACUUACAAGCUCAAAUAUUCAUACACGUCAUAGUCGGCUCUCAUACCCGAGAUUUGAUUAAAUUUAACCCGAAGGCUACUAAGCCUUGUGUGAAGAAUCAUGUGAAGAAUGACGAAGUGUUAAUACUGUGAGUAAGAAAAACAAAAGUGCGCAACACGAGUGGAAGAAGGUGGUGGUGUUUCGUUACCGAAGCGAUGGUGUAGGGGGGUGUCGUCGCGCCGAGCGAUGAUCGCGCGAGAUGCAACGCGGUGGCGCGUGCGCGUUGCUGGGCACGCCGUGCACGCGCAAGAACGGAGCCGUGUGCACGUGUCGAGUACACACGGCGCUUCUACAGGAGUUCGCGGCCCUCACGAAGGAGUUGAAUCAAGCGCGAGAACAGCUCCUAGAAAGGGAAGAAGAGAUCUCCGAGCUCAAAGCGGAGAGAAACAAUACCAGGUUACUGCUAGAGCAUCUAGAAUGUCUGGUGUCGCGACACGAGCGCUCGUUGCGCAUGACGGUGGUGAAGAGGCAGGCGGCGGCACAGUCCGGGGUCUCGUCAGAGGUGGAGGUGCUCAAAGCUCUCAAGAGCUUAUUCGAACAUCACAAAGCUUUAGACGAAAAGGUUCGAGAACGACUACGCGUCGCGUUAGAGAGGAAUACAGCCUUAGAAGAAGAAUUGGCGUUAACCAAAGAAGAAUUGCAGCAGUACAAGUCGUCGAGCGCGCAGGACAGCGAGAAGCCGAAGGAGAACGGGACCGCGCCAACCGGCUCCCCCGACCAGAAUGGCGAGCAGCCGCAGACUAAGGAACAAACAGUGAACGGCGAAACGGAAAGCUGCCGGAAAAUCACUGAUCUACAAAACACGGUCGCCAAACAGUCCGCCGAACUCAGUUCGUGGCAGCGUCGCGUUGCGGAGCUGAACAACAAAGUGUCUGAGCUCGAGGAGAGACUGUCCAAAGGGGAGAAGGAGCUCGUCAAGAAACAGGAGGAGUGCGUGAAGCUGCAGCGCGACCUGCGCGAGAACGUCGCCCAGAAAGAGGACCAGGAGGAGCGAAUAACAACUUUAGAGAAGAGGUACCUUAACGCCCAGCGCGAGUCGACCUCACUGCACGACCUCAACGAGAAGCUGGAGCAAGAGCUGCAGCACAAACAGGCGCAGCUUAAGCUCCAGGAGGAGAAGAUAGCCGCCAUCGAGGAGAAACUGGAGUUGUCCACGCAGAAGCUCGCCCAGAUGUCCUCGCUGCCGGAAAUGGAAGAGCAGCUCAAAGCCAGAAUGGAAGCCCUGAGCCAGAAACUUCCCUCCCAGGCGCAGGAGCGCCACGGCUCGGCCGAGGACAGGAUCCAGCGGCUGGAGGCCAGCGUCGAGGAGAAGAACGCGGAGCUGGUGCGGCUCAACCAGCGCCUCCGCAUGAACGAGGAGCACAACACCAGGCUGUCUGCUACAGUCGACAAGCUGCUCUCCGAGUCCAACGACAGAUUACAAGUCCACUUGAAAGAACGGAUGCAUGCGUUGGACGAGAAGAACGCCCUCACCCAGGAGCUGGAGAAGACUAGAAAGUACGCCGACGAGCUGAUGGCGGAGAAGCAGGAGAUCCUCAAGGAACUCGCCAAGUGGAGAAUGGAGACUGAACAACUGAAGCGGCAAAUGCUGGAACAAGAGAUAGCGUUUAACAUACAGCAAACGGACGCGCUCACCCGCUCCCUGUCCCCCGGCGCCCCGCAGCCGCCACAGGGACUCUUCGGAGCCAAGCUGGACGGCUCCUGGGAGAAGCUGCAGCAGGCGCACGUGCUGGCCAACGUACAGCAACAGUUCGACGUCUCCAGCGACGCGGAGAACGACGAAUCCGACGGCGGCGUAGAGGGCGGACACACGGACGCCGCGGCCCUGGCGCUCAUGCUGCAGGAACAGCUGGACGCCAUCAACACCGAGAUAAGGCUCAUACAGGAAGAGAAGCAAAGCACUGAAGCGCGCGCUGAAGAACUGGAGUCCAGGUCGGACUUCCCGCGCCCCCCGCAGGUCGGCAGCUACGAGCACAUGAACGUGGUGUCGCGCCGCAGCGACUCUCCCCCGCCCGCCGCCUCCCCCUCGCGCCCGCACCUCGCGCCGCACCACAAGUUCCACACCGCGCCGGCGGCGAUGUCCCCCGCGCACUACCGCGCGCCGCCCCCUCCCCCCGCCGCCGACAGCCUGCCCGCCAGCCAGGUGCGUCGGGACCACACCCCGCUCUACUUGCAGCUGUGCGAGGAGAGCGCGGUGUCGCUGGGCGGGGUGGCCGCGGGGUCUGAAGGGGCGGAGUCUCCGCUGACGGCGCGUUCCCUGCGCCUGGAGCGGGCGGCGCGGGCGCUGCACGCUGAGCGGGAUCGUCUGCGCGCACACUAUCAACCGCCCUAUGAUUCGAGCGCGAUGAUGUCAACGAGCCUCGCCCGGAUCCCCAUGCACAGCUCGAGCCAGGAGUCCCUGGGGGCCGCCGCGGGACCGUGGGGCGGAGCGCCGCGCGGCGUCACGUCCGCCUCCUCCGCCGUCUCCAUCGCCUCCAUGCACCAGCAGAAGAAACGCGGCAUCAAAAGCUCACUCGGGAGGCUGUUCAGUAAAAAGGAGAAGGGGGGAUUACCGUGUCCGCAGGGGCAGGGGUCGCGCUCGCUGUCGUCCGCGUCGUCGCUGGGGCUGUCCUCCCUAGCCGACGACGCGCCCCCCUCCGACCUCGCCCACGUGCCGCUCCAGCACCAGGAGUACACCAGGUCUAAGUCCAAGGACCGCGACUACCGCCACGAGCUGCUGGGCGAGGCCAUGCGGGCCGGCACGCCCUUCGCGCUGUGGAACGGGCCCACCGUGGUGGCGUGGCUGGAGCUGUGGGUGGGCAUGCCGGCCUGGUACGUGGCCGCCUGCCGCGCCAACGUCAAGUCCGGCGCCAUCAUGUCCGCGCUCUCCGACCAGGAGAUACAGCGGGAGAUCGGCAUCAGCAACCCGCUGCACCGGCUGAAGCUGCGCCUGGCCAUCCAGGAGAUGGUGUCGCUGACGUCACCGUCGGCGCCCCGGGGCACGGCCUGCGCCGCGCUUGCCUUCGGGGACAUGAACCACGAGUGGAUCGGGAACGUGUGGCUGCCCUCGCUAGGUCUGCCGCAGUACAGAACUACCUUCAUGGAGUGCCUGGUCGACGCCCGCAUGCUGGAGCACCUCACCAAGCGGGACCUGCGGACACAGCUCAAGAUGGUUGACAGCUUCCACAGGACGUCGCUGCACUUCGGCGUGGCGUGCCUGAAGCGCGUGGGCUACAGCGUGCGCGCGCUGGAGGAGCGGCGCCGGGCGGCCGAGGGGGGCGGCGCGCGGGACGUGCUGGUGUGGACCAACGAGCGCUUGCAGCGGUGGCUGCACCACAUCAACCUCAAGGAGUACGCGAACAACCUGUCGGAGAGCGGGGUGCACGGCGCCCUCAUCGCGCUCGACGACAGCUUCGACGCCAACAGCAUGGCGCUGGCGCUGCAGAUCCCCACGCAGAACACGCAGGCGCGGCAGAUCUUGGAGGUGGAGUUCGCAAAUCUACUGACCACCGGCACCGACCGCGCCGCCCGCGUGCACCACGACCACGCUGCCUCCUGACACAACGUCAUCAACUAGGCCGCAUCGCCCGGGGACAUCUGCUGACCGACUGUACAUACUCGAGGACCCUGAGGGCCGUGCCGUACUGGACAACGACAUCUACCGACGAAUGUAGAUACUACAAGACAUGAACGGCUGUACAACGCCCUCUAUCGAUAUAGUGUGAACACUCGAGGAAACUACGACGUGACUGAACAACGCCAUCUACCGAUCGACUGAAGACAUUAACAACAGCGGCAAUGUACAUCUACUAGCCUAGUGCAGAAACUUUAGGAAACAAUACUAGAUAGGGAUGGGCUAUUUGUUUUAAAAUACAAUAAUGUUUGUUAUUAAUGUACUUUUAAUUUUUGUGAUGAUCUAGACCGCGGCCGGCAUAACUUUACCCUUUGGACAUGACCUGAAUUGUCACACCGUGGCUGGGGCGAACUGGAUGGCAGCUCAGUACAUUAUAACUAUUUUGUUUUCUCUUUAUUAUUUCAAGCAUAUUAUGCGAUUACUCUAUACAUUUCAUUUACCUCUACUUUGAUUACUGUCUCACCAUCAUCCAAUCUCAAUUUAAAAAACCGUUCAGAUUCCAAACUGACAACGAUUUUAUCUUGAAAUCCUCUUCCCUCUGUAAACUAGAAGUAAUUGUUUUAAUGAAUUUCAUUCUAAACGUUUACGCCCUAAAUAUUUUUCGAUGAUUUUAGUGAAAUAAUUUUAAAAUAAUUGAUUUAUUUAUACAAACUUAUCAUAAAACAAGUAGCCCUUACAAAUUUGAUUAAGAAUUAUUAAAAAAUCGACGCGUGUUAAUUAAAUUUAUAUUCUGUUGUUCUGUAAACAAAAGUAAUGUGUUUUAAAAGCCCAUUAAUAAAUGUUGAUAUUGUAGAUAAUUGAUAAAGGAUCUUAGUGCGCACAAACUGGCCGAAACGCCCCGCCACGCCACGCCACGCCACGCCACGCCACGCCACGCCACGCCACGCCGCGCUCGGUCGGCUUGUGGCAUUAGCAAACGGAAUCUUAACAAUAUAGUUAGUGGUCAACGGGCAGACUAAACUUUACAGUGUUUGUGAUAGCUCAAACCUUUUCACUGUGAAGGCGCUGAAAUGUAGUCUUUGUGAAAGUACCUUAAUAUUAGCAUCAGCAGCGCGCCAUUCUAAUUAUAAAUACAUUUAAAUAUAUAGUCUUUCCGUUAAGCAAUCUGACGCCAACUAUAUUAAACUGAAAUCAAUCUUAUAAAGCACAAUCAACUGAAAUGAUUGUUGUAUUGUUGUUCACCAAUUAUCUAAUUUUAACGAACCAUAUGCAUUUAAUAUUAUAUAAAUUAACCGUUCUUGGUAGAAAUCAUUUCAGGCUAUGGGCUUAAUCUGUUAAAACGACUCAUUAAAGCUCAUUAACAUGAUAACCCAGUAAUUAAAAUUUUACACCAUUAAAAUGGCAGUAUAAAAUAAUUAAAUAAAAAUAAAUGUAUUCCUUUUUUUAUACAUUUUAUUUAGCAAAUGUAUUGGUUAUCAAAUAAUAUUUCAUUCCAACUGUGUUGCCAUAUUCACGAUCGAUCUGGUAGCACUGAUGGCAUAUGAGAAAAACAUUUAUUAUGUUUAAGUAACUUUUAAGUGGAAAUGUCUCGCUUAUAUCACACAUAUUGCAUCACUAUUAUAUUAUGAUAAAACAACAGUACUCUUUCGUACAGUUUUCGACAUUACCUGUAUACUUAAUCAAAUCUACAAUUUCUAUCGUUACAAAAGCAUAUACAUAUAUACAAAAAUAGUGUAUAGAACAAUGGUCAUAAUAUGUUUAUAUAACAGGGCGCGAUGAACCUAUAAAUUUUAUAUUAAAUGUUCAUUCAAAGGAAGGAAAUGUUGUUUUCAAAUAACUCUGUAGGUCGUUGUUGCGCUCAGCUGCCAAAUAUUAGUCACGCAAAAUACCUAAGACUAUUGUACUGACGCGACGUCAGCAUGACAUGUGUCAGUGUGACAGAUGUCAACCGCCUAAUGAUCGACCUAGGUGGAAGUGUGUCGGGAGAGAUUAUGUACUUUUGAGGUUUGUGAACUGGUGUAAAGUUAUUUGAAAUCAUAUUCCAUCGUUGUAGUUUCGCCUGUUUAGUAACGUGUAAGAGUAUAAUAUAGAUCGUUUUUUUAAUGGUUUUUUGUACGCGGUCGUUUAUCGAGCUGUCAACAAUACGCGCUUUUCGAAGUUGGCUUUUUGUAAGAAUUAAGAGUCAUUUAUUUUUAAUUUCAACUUUUAUGUAAAUUUCUCAUAGUGAUAUAUCAAACCUCGCCGUGUCUGGGUGGGUGUUUACAGACUCCGCGAUGGAUAUAACUACUCGUAACGAGUAGUUUUGAAAAAGCAUGAAACACUACUUUUAUUCCUACCGCUAGCGAUUAAGUUGAAGCUAACUGAAAGCGCGUUUAUUGUCAGUUGGAAUGUAUUCUGUGUACCAAGUGCCUCUCCAAGGCGUGUAUAUAUAGCUUUACGUAGAAGUGUGCCUCCGGUUAGUCGGCUCGUGUAUCGGCUCAUGUGUCGGCUCGCGAGUCCACGCGCGUCGCGUGCGCUUGUUCCGGGCAACGUUACACAAGAGCAAACAAUACUAGUCUCGUGUACAGUUUUAUGACAUUUAAAUAUAUAUAUAUAUAUACGAAUCGAUCAGCUGAUAUAGUGCAUAGUAAUUUAUAUUUUUGUUAAACUUGUACACGUACGCAGCUGUCUCGUUUGACAGUGACAAUUGUGACAGCUGUCAUCGUAAGUGGAACGCCUAGCUUUUAUUAAUCGCAUUCGUUUUACGACAGUUAUGUUUAUUGAAAAAUUUUAAUAUAUUAAAUGACAAAAGCCUAGAUGGUUUCAACUAUUCUAUAGAUUAUUUUUAUUUACAUAUUUUUAAAUGAUUUUAUUUAAGUUUUGUUAAUUUAUGAUAUGUAAUUAUUUAAGAGGAGCCUGUCGUGUGCAACGCUUGCGACUUAAUAAAUAACAGUUGUAUAGCUAACUUAAUUGAUAAACAAAUAAUUCGAUGGAAUCUAUAAUAAUAAUUAGCGUACGAUAUAAAAUGUAAAUAUGUUUCUAUAAAAUAGCGUUUCUACUGUAAUACGAUGUAGCAAUAUGUAGCUAGAAUGUGUUCAAACUGUUAGAUGUUUUUUUUUUUAAUAUAAAAUAAUAACGAUUUAUUUAUGAAACUUAGGACAUAUUAUUUAAGUGUACAUGGUCGUUGCAAGUGGAGCUGCCCGCGGGCCGAACUUGCGAACAGUAUUAGUAAAAUUUAGGUGAAAUUGAUCGUGUGGCCGCCCGGCAUUCUCGUAGGAUUAAAAUUUAUACGCGUUUUUACUUUAAUAAUAAUAAUAAUAAUGAAAUGUUAUCCGAUAGUCAAUGUGUGUACAGGGAGCUUCGUGCUUCGCGUCUUCGAUAGUUAACUAUUGUCUUGAAAACAUCUAUGUAUUUAUUAUUCCUAACAAUUUCACAUACUUAAUGUAACCAGUUAAUAUUUGGCAAGUACUACUUAAAAAUUCCAUUGGCAUUUUUCGUGAAGGAAUAUUGUAAUGUUACGCCCGGGCGUCCUCUGCGGGCGUUGGCUUCAGCUAUGUUACUUGUUUUGGUUUCGUUGAUAAAAAAAACGAGAUGUAAAUCUCUCAUAUCAUACACACGUCGUCUGUUCCGUAGAGUGAAUGCAGUGCGGCGCCGCGCGGGCCCGCUCGUGACGUCACCACUGCACUGCACCUAUGUACAUACACGAGUUCAAUUACCGAGGGACUGCAAUUAGCAUCCCUGCAACUUGUAUUUUUAGUGUCGGGAUGUCCGUAUUGUAAACAAACCUCCACAAGUGCCAACGAAUCGAUAGCUGUGUGUGCCACGGCUGUAACUCUGUAACAUUCCGACGUGCCGUCUCGCGGCGCUUCAGAACAAUGUUCAUUCUAUCUCAUUCUCGCGCAGGCUUAAUCCAAUAUGUCUGUCUCUUUUUAGUGUCGUUUUUCGUUUCGUCAAAUUUAAUAACACAACGGUGCUAACGAUAUAUAUAUAAAAUUUGUAGUUGCUUUUUUUUGACAAAUCAAUGAAAUGGUUUAUCUUGUAGGCUCACAAGAUAUCGUUAUGAAGAUUGUUCUGGAAGUCGCGGAGACGCGCGCGCGUGCACCCGGUCGUUCCCCAACAGCUCCUCGCGGCUCGCGCUACCAAAGAUAGAGUUACCUUCACGUUAAAUUGUAAAAUAAUAGUUAAGAAAAGUUUUUUUAAAUGUUCAAAUGUAUAUAAUUUCGUGUUAAUGUGUUGAUAGAUUGAGUAUAAAUCCUACGCGGUGACAUUCCAAGCUUCCCUCGUCGAUAUAGCUUCGCCCUCGAGUUGCGGUGUUUAGUGAAAAUGUUAUCACGUUCAGCGAGAGUGAGGACGGAUAUCUGUGUCUCGUUUUUUGAAAAAUUAAAUUGUUAAUGUAGUCUGUGUUUAUUUUGACCAAUGUAAUCUGUACCACUGUGUAACCUUUGUAAAAAUAUUUAUCAAAACAUGCGAUGACGAAACAAGUUAUGCAUUGAUAAGAGGUAAAUACAAUUUACACCAAA